AUGUUUCGUUAUUUGAAAAGUAUGUUUACCGGUGACAAAAAGAUUGAAGUAAAAAUUCCAUCUCCUGAGGAAGAAUUGACACUUCGUCUUAAACCUUAUGAGAAACAUUUGUACAAAAUGCAAGAUGUCAUUGCAUGGAAGGACAUUCACCUAUCCUCAUAUUCUAUAAUUAUCGUCAACAUAAUAUUUUGGAUUUUAAAUUAUAUCGAAUGGCGAUUCUUAGGUUUUGUUUUUACUAUCAUUUGUGUUACCUUAAUUCAUGAUGCAUGGGUCCAUCAUAUCUGGCCAGAAAUACGUGUUAAAGAUCCUGCUCCUCCUGCUGUAACAGAAGAACCUGUCGAAAUAAGGCCUGAAGGAGUAUUGUCUUUGCCAGAACUAAGUCGCUAUACGAGAGAAAUACAAGUUUUUAUAACAAAGCAGUAUCAAAGGAUUAAAUAUUUAAGAACUACACAGCCUGCCUUUUUUUGCAUGUGUUCAACUGCUGUUUGGUUAUUUAUUGCUGGGAUUGGUACAUUUCUUUCUGGAAUGGCUCUUGCUUAUACAUUUGUAAUGAUGUUAUUAACACUACCUGGUGUUUAUAUCCAUCUUGUAUCAGACGAACAAAAACAAACAUUAAAGCAGAUUCUGAAUUCAGCUUAUUUCGUUCUUAUACCUCCAGAGAGCAGUAAGAAUGUUGAUGAGUACAUGCCUGAUACUAGUCAAGAAAACUUGGAUAUAUUAGCAAAAGCGGGAGCUAAUAGUCAUGAUUUGUCCACUCCAUCAUCUGAUUCAUCAGUGGGAGAUCUAAUACCUGAACAUGAUGAAUCGUCUAAUGAUACUGUUGAUUCAUUUAUGAUUACUGACAAAUUAGAAAAAGCUGACAAUUCAGAAACAGAUUCUGAAGCGGAUGCGCUUAGCUUUAAAAAUACUCACUUCAAUGGAAACUCUUCUGAAGAAGAAGCGUCUUUAGUGAGAGACCUCUCAUUUCCUGACAUCGGAAGUUAUUCCACUCGUCCCUCGAGUACCUCAGGGUUUACGAGUGCUCUGACUGGAGUUAUAUACAAAACUUUUCCUACUAUUUCAGGUAGACUUCAGUUUAGGGCCACUGGAGAAGGAGUCUUACCUCCACCGUUGGAAGAAGAUAGUGACAGUGAGUUUGAAAUUAUUGAUGAAGAUUCAUAA